AUGAUAGGAAAGUCGGAGAAAACGAAUCAAUGGAUACUCGGUUACAUAUUGUUCAAUUUGGUUGCCUUCUCAUACAUCUACUUGUGCUUCAAUGACGGAUGGAUCAGCACAUUCAUUUCGGUCGUUGUUCCGCUCUUCGUCUGGGAAAUCUUGAUAUUUGGAGUUUUGGCACCCGAUGAAGUUUUCAUGGAUUUAAUGGGGGAAUAUGCCAUUCCGAUUUCCAAUGCACGGAGCUACCAAUCGCCAGUGCAAUCUGUUCGUGAUGUUAUUGUAUCAUCUGGAGAUCACUAA